UCCUUUCUUUGGUAUCUUGAUGAGGUGUCCUUCUUUCCAGUUCCUUAGAACAUGUUCUUCCGAAUCUUACUGAAUAGAACGUUAAGCAUGUUCGCUGUUACUUCAAUGUUUGACUUCAGUGCUUCAGCUGGUACAUUGUCAGGUGCUACUGCUUUCCCAUUAUUGAUUUGUCUGAUGACCAUCUUGAUAUCUUCGAUCUUUGGUGGUAUGACAUCUAUAAGAAGGUUUGUGUGUGUUGCUUCGAUGUCCGGUGGAUUGAAUGGAGCUGAUCUAUUCAAAAGUUCCUCAAAGUGUUCUACCCACUUGUUCCUCUCUCUUUGAAUUUCAGUGAUUGUUUUGCCUUCUUUGUUCAUAACUGGUCUCUCUGAUUUGCUAUAUCUUCCUGCCAAUUUCUUCGUUGUAUCA